UAACCCCUUUCUUUCUCUCCAUCGUCGACAAUGGCGGAGAAGGGUGCGAAGCGAUCGUCGGAGGAGGGAUCCUUCGAGCUGUGCGAGGUGUGCAGGGUGAACCACGCACAUGGGCGCCGCCACAGGUACUUCCCCUCGCACCUCCGCGCCGUCUCCGCCCUCCUCUCCCGCUUCCGUGCCAAGCUCUCCGACCUCCGCUUCUUCCUCCGCCAUCCGUCCCCUCUCUGCUCGAAGCAAGCGCACAUCAACCGCCUCUAGUGCCCCUUCUGCGCCCUCG